GCCAUGCAUGUGUAUGUAAAGCGUUUCAAUCAGAAAUCGUAUCGCAAUUUUUAGCAGUAGAAUCCGAGCAAUGAUACUUGUUACGUUAUUUCUUCAAAUUAUAUUGGUAUCUGGUAAAAGUGUAUUUUAUAAAGAGCAUCAAUGCGAGAACAGUGGAAACAAUUUGAAAUCUGUCGUCGAAGAAAUCGUGGAAGAAAUUAUCGACCAAAGGAAUUGCAUUGUUUUUGUUAGCGAUUCUGUUUAUCGAAAUCUCGUAGAUGUUAAAAAUAUUAAAGGUUCCUCAACUGUAUUGAAAUAUGAGAUUGCACUGCGUGAUAACGAACAAUUUUUACAACCAAGACGACGAGUUCAAAGAAUUUUGAUCGAUGGAAAAGCAGUUAAUUGCAGUGCAUAUAUUAUAUUAAUUGCUAAUGGAUUUCUAGCAGCUGAAUUUUUGCAAUAUACAGAAAGAGAACGUCUUAUUAACACCCGUGGAUUAUUUUUACUGUUAUAUGAUUCUCGUUUAUUCCGAUCGCAUUUGCAUUAUCUUUGGAACAGGAUAAUUAAUGUAGUUUUUAUUCGCCAAUAUAAUGCAUACAAGUAUCGUUCUGGUGAGAAAGCUUCCAAAGAAAGAAUUGAUUUGGAUACGGUCUAUUUUCCCCUUCGUAAAAGAAAAUCUAUUGUGACAAAAUAUAUAGAUACUUGGUACAAAGGCAAAUUGCUCUAUGAUAUCAAUCAUUUUACAGAGAAAAUCACUAACUUACAAGAAAAACAUUUGCAAAUUGCUGUAUUUGAGCAUAUUCCAGCAGUGACAACAAAAUCAAGAGCAUACUAUGACAAACAACCAAAUAAUAACACAGAAGGUCUUGGAAUAGAAUUUGAAUUAAUGCAGAUCAUAUCAAAAGCAAUGAAUUUUAAACCAAAAUAUUAUAUGCCUGAUAAUAUUACUUUAGAGAAAUGGGGCAUCAACGAAGAUAAUCAAACUCAUGUUGGAUUAGUAGGUGAAGCCAUACAAGGAAAGGCUGCAUUUUAUUUAGGUGAUUUGCACUAUACAUUGCACCACUUGAAUUACUUUGACCUUACUACCCCAUACAAUACUGAAUGCCUUACUUUUCUGACACCAGAAUCUUUAACUAAAAAUUCAUGGAAGCUUCUAAUACUUCCAUUCAAAUUUUACACCUGGAUUGCUCUUGUCCUUACUUUAAUUUUAGGAGGGGUUGUAUUUUAUUUUUUAUCAAUAUUGUAUAAAAAACAUAUAAGUUUGUAUAAAAAUCAAAUGCAUUUCCAAAAUACAUCAAUGAAGAAAGAAAUAAAGGGGUUAUACUUAUUCACUAAAAUAGGAAAUAGUAUUUUAUAUACUUAUGGCAUGCUAUUUCAAAUUUCAUUGCCAAGCUUGCCAAGCUCUUGGGCUGUACGGGUAUUAAUUGGAUGGUGGUGGAUUUAUAGCAUUUUAGUUGCAGUUGCUUAUCGAGCUAGCAUGACUGCAACCUUAGCGAAUCCAGUUGCCAGAGUUACUAUUGAUACAUUGGGACAGUUGGCAAAAAGUUCUAUAGAAGUUGGAGGAUGGAAUAAGGAGAAUAAAAAUUUUUUCUCAAUGUCAUCAGAUCUUAGUAGCCAAGAAAUUGGUAACAAAUUCAAGUUAAUUCAAGAAGAAGAUAAAGCAAUUGAGAAAGUGGCAAACGGUUCUUUUGCUUACUAUGAGAAUUCUUAUUUACUUCGACAUGUCCGUGUAAAGAGGCAGAUAUUAGAGAAAGAACAAAAAGAAAAUAUAACUACAGUGGAUAUAUCAUCAAAGCAUAAUUUACAUAUCAUGGAAGAAUGUGUUAUAAAUAUGCCAAUAGCCCUUGGUUUAGAAAAAAAUUCACCAUUAAAACCAAGGGUUGACACUUUAAUAAGGCGUAUAAUAGAAAUUGGAUUAGUUGAAAAAUGGUUGAGUGAUGUCAUGGAAUGGUCAAAAAUUAUGGAAAUAAGACAAGAAGCAGAAUCAGAGAAAGCAUUGGUUGAUCUUCAUAAAUUACAAGGUGCAUUUAUUGCAAUUAUAGUUGGAUAUCUAUUAGCUUUCAUGGUUUUAAUAGGUGAAAUUUUAUAUUGGAAACAUAUUGUACUAAAAGAUCCAAAGUUUGACAAGUACCAUUUAGAUAUAUUCUACAGCAUUAAUAAUCCCAAAAUAUAAAAGAAAAAUUAAUAUUUUUUUAUUAAUUUUUCAAAAGAUAAAAUUUAUUUUAUUGUGAUAAUAAAAUCUUAAAAGCAUAUUUAGAAAAGAUCACUUUUUUAAUAUAUGUUUAUAAAAUUAUGAUAAAUAUUAUCAUAUAGUAGCCAUAAAAAGGAUAUGAACUAAACUUAUUGCAGAUAAAGAAUUUAAACAUGCAUGUACAUAAGAUAUGCUUACAGAUUGCAAGAUGUCUAUGACUAAAAAACAGCUGCCAUCAAUAUGAUACAGCUAUAACUGUGACAAAAAUAUAAUAAAAGAAUUUAUAAAUCCUUA